AUGAGACUACUACCCUCUGCUGGCAAUGGGACUACAGCAGCUUUCCAUUCACUUUCUAUUGCACUCUUGACCCAGAUCGGCAUGGCAAUGAAGACCCCCGAGCCACCAAAGCUGUCCUUUCUGUACACAGCAUAUGCAGAGUGUGACCCAAACUUCAUGAGCCAGGUGGCUGGGCCACAUGGUAUACGCAACUCUAUUCCUAUCGUCGGUGGAAACUUCAGCGGACCUCAUCUCUCAGGCAAGAUUAUGAAUGUCGGGGCAGACUGGGGUCUGGUUGAUCCUCGAACAAACAUUUUUUCGGCAGACACCCGGUACAAUCUACGCACAGAUGACGGGGCAGAUAUCUACAUUCAAACUUCUGGUCCACAGGUUCCAGAUGGUCAUUUGCAUCUGCGGCUUGUGUUUGAAACUGGUAGUCCAAAGUACUACUGGCUGAAUAACAUCGUUGCAAUCGGGGUUUUGACAACUGGUCUGCCAUCAACCGGAAACUUGAGUCUUCUACGAAUUGAUGCUUGGAAUUUUGCGUCUGACUGGAGUGCUACACACUUUGUGGAUGGUACUACUGUCGUGUGA